AUGUCACGAAAACCCAACCAGCAGAGGAUAACCCUCACCCGACCUAGACGGCGAUUUCCCAGAGCAGCCAUCCUCUGUGCCGUGGCUGUCACGCUCGGCCUAGCAUUCACAUUCUUUUUCCUUGUCACGGCCCACACGCAAGGUACAGCGUACGCAGAAGAACCGACAUUCGAGCGCUCCUCCUCCCUCCCACGACAUCGUUACCUCCCCUCAGGGCUGCUGCGCUCCAACCCCCGCGGCAGGCAUCCCAUAUACGACCUUAUAGGGGAUGCGGAGCGUGCGUGGCAGGAAAAAGUCGAUAAGCAGAGUAGGACGUUGGAGGAGGCGGUGGCAGAGUAUGGUAGGAGGUAUAGGCGCCCGCCACCCAGAGGGUUCGAUAAGUGGUGGGAUUAUGUUCAGAAAAAGAACGUUUCCCUCCCCGACGAGUAUGACCAGAUCCUCGAGGAUCUUGGGCCGUACUUUGCCUAUACACCCCGAGCGGCACGGGCACUGCAGUCCGCCAACGCCGGCCAAAUGGGGACUUACACGAUCCACUCCAACCCCGCAACAGGCCAGAUAGAACUAGAGACGUACAACUUUGGGGACUCGCCUGGCGUCAUACAUGCACUUAUGAUGCGGGUUAAGGCCCAGCUGGAGCUGAUGCGGGGGUAUGAUGCUGAGCUCCAGGAGGGGCAGGAAGUGGAGGGAAUCGAGCGGGAGCUCGUGGCUGCCACGGGGGAGUGGCAGGCUACGUUUAGGAGCGAUGACGGGCCUGGGGACUUUAAUGACUGGGAGUUUACCCAGAUGCUCAAAGACAAGGUCGAGGAUGAUGACUUCGUCAAGUGGGCCGAAACACCGGACAUGACUUACCGUGGCUGGGCAUCAGCUUGUCCUCCUGACUCGUCCCUCCGACAAGCGCUCUACGACACCACCGCCGGGCAGCUCGACAAGACCGAAAAGUACUUCAUCGCCGAUCACAGGAAGGCGAUGAACCCCUGCUGGCGGCCGGAUCUGACUAAGAUAUCUGGCUUUCUCGCUAGCUUUGGACAGGGCCCAGGACCGCAAGAAAGGAAGAAACUCGUUUUCUCACUGAGCAAGACGCAAGGCUUGCACUCGGAUAUCCUUAGCGUACCAAACGACAUGGCCGACCCAUGGUUCGAAGGGAGCGAAGACGUUGCCUGGUCUGACAAGGCUGAAGAUAGGGUCGUUUGGAGGGAUUGGACGACUGGUGUGUUCCACCAUCCUAACAUGCCCUGGCGCACCAGCCACCGAGUCAACAUGGUUACCACGCUCACCGCCAAGUCCGGGGAUAGGCCUGUCCUCCCUGCCCGUGCGCCCUCGACACCCGUAGGCACACCACAUGUCCUCGAUGCUGGGGAGGUCAACCGCGCCCUCGCCGAUGUGGGAUACAUCAUCCGCCCUAUCCAGUGUGACGGCGGCGCGUGCGAAGAGAUGGAGACGAUGUUUGACUGGCGGCGACCUCUGCCUAUGCAGAAACUGCGCAAGUACAAGUUCUUAUUGGACAUUGACGGCAAUGGCUGGAGCACGCGGUUCAAGCCGUUCCUUGCGGCUAACUCGGUCGUUAUGAAAGCUACUAUCUUCCCGGAGUGGUAUAUGGACCGCAUACAGCCUUGGGUACACUACGUGCCCGUGCAGAUGGACAUGGGGGAGGUGUAUGACAUCCUGACGUUCUUUAACGGGAAUGUGGAUGAGAAUGGAGAAGGCGGGAACGACGCUUUAGCAGAGAAGAUCGCUGCAGCAGGGAAGGAUUGGGUAGGCAGGUUCUGGCGGAAGGAGGAUAUGAUCGCCUACACCUACCGCCUCUUUUUGGAAUAUGCACGGCUUGUAAGUGAUGAUCGGCAGAGGAUGAACUUCGUCCCUUCUGGACCGGCCCUGCAAGUUCAGGGCCAGAACUAGAUGGAGGACUGGAGGUGGAUUGGGGAUGGACGCACUGGAUUGGACGGUGCACGGACUGAACUGCGUAUAUACCUUGUAUAACACCUCGUCUGGG